UCCACUAGUUGAGUUUAAAUGAAUACAUUAACUUUGUUUGAGUCUCUAUGUAGGAACGGAAAGCAUUGAAAAAGCCCAACUCACAUCACCUUCGCACUACUAUCCGUUGAGACUUCGAUCAGAGAAGAUCAAUCUACAACAGGAUGGCUUUUCGUUGCAUCAUCUUUGCCGUGGCAAUUGCCCUUCCCGCUGCCUGGGCAAAUUCAGCCGGUGCCCCAGUAGUGGCUUGCGAUGACCUCGUACCUCAGCACCACGUUGACCCACAAACAUCCCCAGCACCAUACAGCUAUGUCUUGCCCCAGAAGCGCACCGUGGCCCCAGGGGAAUCCUUCCAGGUGACUGUGAAGGGCAACAGUAAAACUGACACCAUCAAGGGCUUCCUGGUUCAGGCACGAACACCCGGUGAUUCUCAAUCUGUCGGCACUUUCACAUCACUUCCUGGCCAGACCACUCAGACACUCACUUGUGGCAAGGGCCAAUCGAAUGCAUUGACCCACACGAAAAUUGAGAAAAAUGUCGAGGCUAUUACUUUCAAGUACACCGUUCCCCAGAAUGCUCAGAAAGGACAACAAUUCAACUUCCUGUGCACUGUUGCCCGCGAUGGAUACGUCUUCUGGGUACGCAUCCCAUCAGAAAAGUUCACAGUAGGAUGAAAUCAGAAAUCACCACAAUGAACAAUUUUGUUACCACUCAUCUACAAUUAAAGCAAUUUUAGUGGAAAUAAAUAACAUUUUUUUUCCAUUUUUGAAAA